AUGGAUCCAAUCAACGAAGCGAUUGAAGAAAUCAACUCCCUAGGACCAGGCGAAACUUUUACGUACACUGCAAUAGCAAAAAAAUAUGGUGUUGUACGCUCAACGUUGACGCGCCAGCACAAGGGUGAAACAGCCUCAUCUACUACCCAGCACGCCAACACACAAAAGCUCACUCCACAACAAGAGCUAGAGCUUGUAAGCUAUAUAGAACAGCUUACAGCUCGUCGGCUACCACCUACAAGGGAGAUGGUACAAAAUUUCGCGUCAGCUAUAGCAAAGGAGCCAGUGAGCGAGAGCUGGGUUACCCGAUUUCUCACCCGCCAUGGGAUC